AUCACCUCCCCUGUCAGACUGUCACAAAUAACAAGCGUAGACCCAAGGCGAGGCGAGGUCUCCUCUUCGGCGCUUACUUUUGAUGUCCAGCAGAUAAAAGAUCCCCCUCCAUGCAAUAAUUUUCUCGACGAGGAGUAGGAGACGACGCCCUUUGUUCAAGGCGGCGUCAUCUUCUCUUCCCUCCCUGUCAUCCGGUCUCCUCUUUGAUUCUUCUGCUAAUCAUCAGCUGAUCCUUCCUUCUCCCCUCUCCCCUCUCCCCUCCGUGCUCCCUGCACAAUCCGUACCCUCCUCGGUCGUGCCAUUUCGUUUUGGCCCCGUCCACGUUCAAUCCCCCCAUCCGAGGCGGACAAGAACACGGCCGGCCGUUCCCUGUUCCCUAGAUCUGCGUGGCGGCGGCGAGAGGCAGAGAGGGCGCGCCCCCGCCGUCAAAACCCAAUCUUGGCGGCUGGCUGCGCGUCUUCUUCUUCUUCUUCUUCUUCUUCUUCUUCUUCUUCUUCCUGCGACCUGCCGCGGGAGAUAAGGGGAGGAGGAGGAGGAGGAGGCGGCCAGCCCAGCAAUGGUGCCGUGGGAAGGCUACGUGAGCGACGAGACCAUGGGCACCUUCGCGCCCAUCCUGCUCUACUGGGUCUACGCCGGCGGCUACCAGCUCCUCCUGCACCGCCGCCCGCUCCAGCGCUACAGGCUCCACACGCGGGCCGAGGAGGAGGACAAGAACCUCGUCGCCCUCCCCGCCGUCGUGCGCGGCGUGCUCCUGCAGCAGCUCGUGCAGGCCAUCGUCGCCAUGAUCCUCUUCAUGAUUACUUCAGAUAGUUCAACUGUUCUAGUCCAGCCAUCUAUGGUGGUUCAAUCGUUUCAGUUCCUGGUUGCAAUGCUGGUGAUGGACACAUGGCAGUAUUUCGUGCACCGCUACAUGCAUCAGAACAAAUUCCUGUAUCAACAUAUCCACUCACAACAUCACCGGCUGAUCGUUCCUUAUGCCAUCGGGGCUCUCUACAACCACCCAUUGGAGGGGCUUCUACUGGACACUUUAGGUGGUGCUAUGUCCUUCUUGGUUUCCGGUAUGACGCCAAGGACUGCCGUAUUCUUCUUCUGCUUCGCUGUGCUCAAGACGGUCGAUGAUCACUGCGGACUUUGGUUGCCAUAUAACAUCUUCCAGCACUUGUUCCAAAAUAACACGGCGUACCAUGAUAUCCACCAUCAGCUCCAAGGCACAAAGUACAAUUACUCUCAGCCGUUCUUCUCAAUAUGGGACAGAAUCCUAGGAACCCACAUGGCCUACGACCUACUGAGCCGGAAGGAAGGGGGAUUUGAAGCAAGGCCAUUGCGAGACUAGCAUCGAACUCAUUUUAGUGUACAUAACUCCAGCGACUCGGCGGGAUACGCGAUGCUCUUCCACUCCCUGGCAGCUUACAGGAGCCAUCUACACAUCUUGUAAGAUGAUGAAGGUAUUCCAGCACUCCGGGUUAUUCUCUUCUUCCACGUCUUGGUAAACUGGAGCUGUUGUGUUGUGUUCUUUUCUCCUGGAGUUAAUCUAGUUAGACCCGUUCACCUUGAAUGUGCGUGUUUAUAUACGGGUAGUCGGUUACUCGUGAGUUCUUUUUCUGGCUCUUUCAUGUGUAAAGCUGCCGUUUGAUUACAUCUCUGUGCAGAUAGUGUAUUCGCAAAUCAGUCACACUUCUGUAUGUAUCCAAUUAUUCAUGUAGCUGAAUCUUUGGGCAUGGCUAUGACCUUCAACCCCAUAUCUGGCUACCUUGGUGA